AUGGGACUGGUAACGUCGCAGUCUUAUGGUCUCCAGCCUCACCAAGGACCUGUUCAAUCCCCGGUUCCUUCGUCCCACUCUGCUCCAUCCCUGGAUCUGUUUGCACUGCCAGCAUCACUCCUUGUUCCUAGCUUUCGAGCGGCAGCAGUUGGUGAGCCUCCCUCGGGAUCUGAACAACAACAUAUUCCAACGACUUCGAUGGAGAACGACCUGGCCGAUCAAGACCCGAACAGCAAGGCGAUAUCAUUUGCGCAUGACAUCGAUAGGCUCGGCUGCACAUGGUCCGAUACCUACAAAUAUUUCGAUGGGAAACUUUGUGAUGUCAAGAUACACGGACGUGGGAUUCCAAUCAGAUAUUGGAGCGUAAUCUUCAAGUUGAAUACCCCCUUGCGAAAACAGAUGAAUGAUUGGCAGUGGGUUGCGGAACGGUAUACUGAAUCGACCCCGGAAGAAUUCUGGGAUGAGUUUUCGGUUGACUCUGAUUCUAACACCAAGCUUCGGAUGAGCUGGAAACAAAUAACGGAGACGCUACACAAGCGCCGUAAACAGGUGGAUUUAGCGAAUGGAGUGGGAUUUAGACAGAGGCGAAGGAAGAGUGAGCUUUAG